AUGGAGGAGACCAGGAAAAAACAGGCUCUCAGGAAAUGUUAUAUGUUCAACCCGAUGCACUGGCUCAUGAAGUGGCUGCCUGGACCUCACAACAGGAUAUUCAGUCUGACACAUGAGAUUGUUGACUAUAUUGAGAGCAAGAUAACAGAACACAGAGAAACUCUCAACCCCUCAACACCAAGAGACUACAUCGACUCUUUACUUAUUGAAAUGGAAGUGAUUCAUGUUCAUGUUUCAUUUUCACUGUGCGCAGACAAAGUCCAGGCUGAGAUAGAUGUUGUGGUAGGUUCAUCUAGACAGCCCUCCAUGACUGACAUAGAGAACAUGACUUACAGUGAUGAAGUCAUCCACGAGAUUCAGAGAAUGGGUGACAUCCUAUCAUUUAAUGUGGCUCACACGACAAACAAGGACACCAAGCUCGACAAGUACACAAGCCCAAAGGGCACCAUGGUUUUACCCACACUGCACUCUGUCCUACAUGAUGAGUCCAUGUGGUAAACGCCACUCUCCUUCAACCCUCCACUUUUGGACCAGGAUGGUCAAUUCAGAAAGAGAGAGGCCUUCCUCCCCUUCUCCGCGGGUAAGUGUGUGUUUCUUUGGGAACAGCUUGCCAGGAUGGAGUUAUUUAUCUUCUUUACCUCCCUCCUUCAGAGGUUUUCUUUCAGGGCAGCUGCAGGAGAGCAGCCCUGUCUGGAGUACAAGCAGGGAGCCACUCACUGUCCCAAACCCUACUGCCUCGGUGCCGUCCCACAAUAGAGUCUCAUUCAUCCUCAGG